GAUUCAUUUUGAUUUGAUUUUUUAAUAAAUCUUUCAAACUGUGUGAUACGAGUGAUUUAUUAUUUUAUAAAACGAUUGAUUUUUUUAGGACUCAGUGCGGGUUGUUUUAUGUAAUGUAGUUUAAUCGUUUAAUUUUAUAGUUUGGUAUUGUUUUUUUUUCGAAUUUGUCGAAAAAAAUUAAAUUAAAGUGAUUGCUGAGCUGUGAUCUUUGCGAAACGUUCUAUUCAAUUCGAGCGCGCACCCCAACGCCGUCGUUUCUUCAGCGACUUCGGUCUUCCUACAGCCAACGGUUGGCACACAAACAGUCAAAAAAACUUUCAGCAAAACCGACGCAGAACCAUGACUGCAUCUUCCCCUUCGAGUGGUGACCACCGGUCCAACUCUUUGGACGCAAAUAACAAAGAAACAGUUUACACAGUAAACGUUUCCAGUGGAUACAAUAAUGAUGCCUUCAACGCUGAUGGUGAUGAUCCAAUCGCCAAAGAGAAGAAACAACAUCAUCCCAAAGAAAUCUCUGAUGAGGAAGCAAUUGCAACUGGUAAAGUCAAAUUGUCGAGGAACGAAAAGUGGAGAAUUUUGAAGAAUGUUUCAGCAGUAUCUUGUGCCUUCAUGGUGCAAUUCACAGCCUUCCAAGGAACAGCUAAUUUGCAGAGUUCCAUUAAUGCCAAAGAUGGUUUGGGGACGGUCUCAUUGAGUGCUAUCUAUGCUGCACUUGUUUUGAGUUGCAUGUUCUUGCCGACGCUGAUUAUUAAAAGACUUACUGUUAAAUGGACGCUUUGUUUGUCUAUGUUAUGCUAUGCACCUUACAUUGCUUCACAGUUUUAUCCCAGAUUUUACACCUUGGUCCCUGCCGGUAUCCUUCUUGGUUUAGGAGCUGCACCUAUGUGGGCGUCAAAAGCUACGUAUUUAACAACCGUAGGAGGUGUAUAUGCAAAAUUGACUGAUCAACCUGUUGAUGCUAUUGUCGUACGAUUCUUUGGAUUCUUCUUCCUUGCCUGGCAAACAGCUGAAUUAUGGGGAAAUCUCAUCUCCAGUUUGGUAUUAUCUUCUGGGCCCCAUGGAUCUGGAAGCUCAGACAACGAGACUGUUGUAUCUGAGGAACAUCUUAUGCAUUGUGGAGCACAUUUCUGCAUGUCUGGUGGCGGUGGUGAAAACAUGGAAAGACCUCCAGACAGUGAAAUUUUCGAAAUCAGUGCAAUCUAUUUAUCAUGUAUCGUUGCUGCAGUCAUCAUGAUCGCCACAUGCGUAGAUUCAUUGAAAAGAUACGGUGAAAAUCGUCGUGGUCACGAAUCUGAAAAUGAGUUGACACCAAUUCAGCUGAUCUCUGCCACAGCUUACCAGCUUAAAAAACCCAAUCAACAAAUGUUGAUUCCAAUAACUGUUUGGAUUGGUAUGGAGCAGGCUUUCAUUGGUGCUGAUUUCACCCAGGCCUAUGUUUCCUGUGCUUUGGGUAUCAGUCAAAUUGGAUACGUCAUGAUUUGCUUUGGAGUAGUCAACGCAAUUUGUUCAGUCGUUUUUGGCUCUAUCAUGAAGUUCAUCGGUCGCCAAAUUAUCAUCACUUUCGGAUUCUUCCUGCACAUGGGCCUGAUGAUCGGAUUGUUAUUCUGGAGACCAAGCCCUGAUGAUAAAAUGAUGUUCUUUGUCAUGGCUGGACUUUGGGGAGUUGGCGAUGCAGUUUGGCAGACACAAAUCAAUGGUCUAUACGGAACUCUGUUCAGGCGGACGAAAGAGGCAGCUUUCUCCAACUACCGUCUGUGGGAAAGCUCAGGGUUUGUCAUCGCUUACGCUUACAGCACACACUUGUGCGCGGCCAUGAAGCUUUACGUCCAAUUGACGGUCUUGGGUCUAGGAUUCAUUGGCUAUUUGAGCGUGGAAUAUGUUCACAGGCGCAAGGCUCACCGUCUGAGGAAGAUGCGCGAGGACCCGAAAGCAGCCGCCAUUGAAGCAGCUGCCCAUCCUGAAGUCGUCGAAGAGGUCGAUGAUGAAAAGGACGACUUGGAUGAUGAUAUUAUCAUCACCCACCUGUAAUCAUCGAAAAAGACACUCGGUUAACCACUGAAAUACUUCCAGAAAAAGAUAUGUGCAAGAAAAGAUUUGACAAGAAAACUUAUCGUCUUCAUUCAUUAGCAACAAAAUUAACGAAGUAUUGACUAUGAGUA